GUGGUGGUGCAAUUCAACAAUCAAGGCCAGCUGGCUCAGCUGCGGUGCAAUCUGUCGUCCACAGCGAUUGUUGCAUCGGCCCGGGCCCAAUUCAGCGGUCGCUUAAAUGUUACCGUUACGCACUGGGCCGUACAAGACAGCGCGGCAAUCCAUUCAAGGCUAGGGGGCACAGCGUACUGCGUUUGCUUGAGACCUGCGUCAAAUAGUCUUGUUGCGAAUCCAAGGCUGUCUGUCUACUACGGAUCACACGACCAAGGUUAUGCAAACCUUUUUAAAAUGGGUUGUAAGAAGAACGCACCACCAGAAAGAGAUAGAAAUCGACUAAAAGUAUCACAGGUAUUUCAAAUGUCGGAUUGUGUGUGUUGCUGGUUGGCGCUGAGCUGCUUCUCAUCCCUUGCCCGGCACAAAUGUUAA